AUGGCCGUGCUGGAGCACAACAGUGAGCCCAUCAGCGUCCGCCCGACGACGCAGCACCGCCAUUCGAGCCUCGCCGGCUCGCUGCCCAAGGCGCGGCCACACGCACACUCGAACUCGGCCGGCAGCAUCAACCCGGCCCACCGCGUCACGCGCCGCAAGAGCAUGAGCACCACAGCCGGCAGCAACGUCGCCGCCAUGGCCGCGGUCGCCAAGGGCAUCGCCGGUGCGCCGCUCGUCGACGCCCACCACGCCCACGCCCACGUCCACGCCCACCACAACCCGGCCCGCCGCCCGUCGAAGCCGGCGAUGCAGUUCCGCGGGCCCGCCCUGGCGCACGCGCACUCGAUGGCCGCCAGCGUGCCGCACAGCUCCUCGGGCGGCUCGCCGUUCAGCAGCUACAGCGCCGUUGCCGACGGGCCGCCGCUGGCCUCGCUGCCCGAGAGCGACCAGGCCGGCAAGUCGCGCGUGCGCCGCGCCAGCGAGGGCUCGCGCAAGGGCGACAAGCGCCCCAGUGGUAGCGACUUGAGAUGUGAAAAAUGUGGGAAAGGCUACAAGCACAGCAGCUGCCUGACCAAGCACCUCUGGGAACACACCCCCGAGUGGCAGUACACGUCCAAGCUGCUCAUCUCCAAGCAUCAGCAGGUGCAGCUGCUCGAGGCCGCCUCGGUGCUCGUCGCCAUGAACAAGACCAGCGACGACAGCGACGACAGCGCCUCGCCGCCCGCCUCGGGCUCGUCCGACCUGCGCGACAGCCUGAGCUCCGCCGAGACCACCCCGCCCCCGCACAUGGACGACCACGCCGUGGGCUCCUACUCCUCGCACUCGCACUUUGGCCAGCGCUCCAUCAAGCGCUACUCGGCCAACAGCUCCGCCUACAGCCAGUCGUACCAGUCGGCCGUCUUCUCCGACGCCGGCACCGCCCAUGCCAGUGGCCACUACCGCCACUGGAGCAACGUGUCCGACCGCCCCACCACCUCGGGUACGUCGGUUGCUGGCUCGUACCCCGACGACGGCAACACCGACCAGGACAUGGCUGCCGCCGUCGGCCUGCUGAGCUGCUCGUACGGCACCCCCAAGUCGGGCGCGACGAACCUGCCGCCCGACGUGCCGCCCGUGCCGCCGCUGCCCGCCAAGUUCCUGGACUUCAACACCACGCGCUCGCUGUCGGGCAACACCAUGGUCACGCCGCAGCAGAGCAGCAUGCGCAACAGCUACCGCUACCACGAGAGCAAGGACGUCGACAUGGACGACGACCACUUUGCCGACGAGGAGGACUACCGCCAGUCGCACUCGCGCAGCCGCGGCCGUGCCGACGAGGACGACGACGCCUUCUUCGGCCGCAUGGAGGAGUGA